GGAAGCGAUCAGACUGAAAACAUUUCCUUGUUGGUUUAUUUCCUCGUCCGUGUGUCAUGUCACUGACCCCCUGGUGUUUUUAUAACUAAAGCCACCCGUGCGCUAUUCGGAGUACUUAAUGUUGUUGUACUCCCAGAUGCGGUAAGGAUCCUGGGAUGAUCUUGCGGAGAACAUGCGUCCUUGUCUCUACCACGGCCUCCGUGCUGCUCCUCUUGCUGCUCUACGGAGGCCUGGGUUCACAGCAUCGGGCCUCCAGUGCCGCUUUACGGGAUUACCAGCUGCUCGGUAGUCCGCUCUACAAGCUGGACCUGACGUGGCCCCGUAACUCCGAGCUGUUUACCGGCGCAGUGUUCGCUGUUGCGGUAAACCAGUAUGCUGGCGUGGUGUACGUCGCGCAGAGAGGUGACAAUGUGCCCAAAAUGCUGGUGUUUAGCACAGAUGGACAUUUGCUGAUGUCUUGGAACACCAGCACUCUGGAGAUGCCCCAUGGUCUGUUUUUGGCAGACGCAGCCACGUCCAGUCCCACUGUGUGGGUCACUGAUGUGGGCACCGGGCCGUACGGACACUGUAUCAAACAGUACUCCCCAUCUGGAAAACUCCUGCAGGUCCUGGGCACUCCUGGCCAGCCUGGCUCUGGGGUCAGCCCUCUGCAGUUUGACCAGCCUGCUGAAAUCUUUGUGCAUUCAUCUGGAGAGAUCUACAUUGUGGAUGGAGAUGGGGGAUUGAACAACCGCCUCCUCAAACUGUCCCCGGAACUGGAGGUCCUGUGGAUGCACGGGGAGAAGGGGCAGGGUCUGGCGCAAUUCUAUAUUCCCCACAGUGUGACAGUAGAUGCAGCUCAGAGGGUGUGGGUGGCCGACCGUGGCAACAAGCGCAUUCAAGUCUUUAACUCUGUCACCGGGGAGUGGCUGGGCACAUGGGGCAGCUGCUUCACUGAGGAUGCACCUUACUCUGUGCGCAUAACCCCCGACAAGAAGCACCUGGUGGUAGUACAGCUCAACACCAACCAAAUCUCAGUGCUGGAGGCGCCUCCUGUAGGCAUGAUUGGCCAGUGCAGGGUGGAGAGUGUGAUUCAGCUCGGAGAGGACACAAAGCCUCACCUGGUGGACCUGGACCUGAAGACUGGAGCUCUGUACGUGGCAGAGAUUGGAGCUCAACAGGCCCAGAAGUUCACUCCGUUCAGCCUGGGGGGAAAUCUUCUGUAGUGGAUGAUAGUGUUGUCCAAUCUGUGCAGUCUGAAUAAAGAUAAAUUUUAUUUUCAGUUACACUGGUGUAACAGUAAUACAAUAUGCAUGCUCUUAGUGGGGGUUGGGUUGUUGGCAUGUCGACUCUGAUAUGGGCUUGAAUAGAAAUGUGCAGGAUGCUUCGCUUCAGGUGCAGAGAAUAAUCAUCAGAAAAUAAUCAUGAUAGUCAUCAGUAAUUAAUUAAUUAUUUUAUUUAUAUAGCCCCUUUCAAGACACCCAAAGCGCUUUACAGUUCAUUGUUCAUUCACUCCACACUCAGUGGUGGCAAGGUCUUAUUGUAGCCACAGCUGCCCUGGGGCAGACUUACAGAAGCGAGGCUGCCAAUCUGUGCCAUUGCCCCCUCUGACCACCACACUCACACCACUUUCUUACUAGGCAAUGUGGGUGAAGAGCCUAGAUUAAGGACACAACUACAGUUUUGCCACCGGCGCCGCACUGUGGCACCUGGUGUUCCCAGUAGUCUCCCAUCCAAGUACUACACAGACCCAGCCUUGUUUAUCUUUUCAGAUCUGAUGAGAUCAGGCUUUGACAAGCGGGUAUGGCCACAUUGGAGUCACACCUUACAUUCCUCGUCAGCUCACCUCCUCAGCUCUGUUGUGUCCAUCUGGGCCAAAGUGAAGUUUAACUUUCCUGGUUGUGGUGCUGUUUCACAAUAAAUCUGCGUGAAAUCAUUACUAACUUGACCUUCACAGGGUAUAAUUUCACUUGUUCAUAUUGUGAGGCAUAUUUGGGGGUAUUAUUUGUUUGUACUGUUUUAAUGUACAUCUUAUUUGCACUGGCACAGAUGCUCGUGUGAGUCACUGUGUAUUUCUUUUGCUGCUGUUUUCAGACCCAUACACUGCAUUUACAUUUUUAUUUUCUUCUUUUUUAUGUUUUUUCUAAUUUAAAAUGUGUUGAUUUUUUUAUUUUUUAUUUUUUUUUAAUUUCAUCCCAUCAUGUAUAAUAUUUAAAAUCCAUAAAUGCCUUACCAUAAUUUGAUUAAAUAAAUAUAAAUUUAUUGUUUUCA